UUUCGUCAAGACUCUUCCUUUAUUACUCAAAUUUCAGUCCCAUUUAUCGAAUUUGGAUACCCAUUUUCCUCAAAAUCAUAUUUCGAUCGAUGUUCUGCAUCCUUUUUCUAUUUUUUAAAAUUUAAACAUAUUUAGAGCUUGUAUUUCUUAAUAAGAUUAGGAAAGGCGUUAUUUUUUGUUCAGAAGGAUCGCGUUAUUUAUUUGUUGUGAGAAAAGUUGUUACUUUUUAUGUUUUCCUGCUACUAUUGCAAAUUAGUGAUUAAUGUAAAGGUAUUUUAUUUUGGGGUUGGGAAUCUAUUGUUGUUUAAUGGAGAGCAGUGAAGGAGGGGAUGAUCAAGAAGGCUCUGGUUGGAUGCAAGUUAAAAAGAAGCACAGACACAGUUCAAAGUUUUCACUACAUGGUUGGGUUGGAGGAUCAUCUCAAGGAACUGCUUCUUGCAAUCCAGAAAAUCGGCCUUCAUUGAGUGUAAAAAGUGAAAAUCUUAAAUCUGUCGUUCAGCAUUCAAAAGGAAGUGGACGCUGUAUUAGACAUGAUGAUGUUACUUCAAUUCCGAAGGAAGAUGCAGUGAUUGUGCACGAUAAAUGUGUGGUCAGUCACAGUAGUAAUUCUGUUAGUUUAGGUUUCCCAACAGAUUCCAAUCAAGGAGUCAGUCAGGAACAUCCUCAAAUAAUUAACCAUGACAUCAUACCAAAAAUCAAGUGGGGUGACAUGGAUGAUCGAGCUCUAACAUCACAUUUUGGAACUACUGUCCAAGCAGAAAUUAAGUUCGGUGACAUUCAAAAUCAUGAUCUGCUUAGUACAAAAGCUGAUCAAACAAGUGAUCCGUUUGUACACAUUUCUCCAACUGAUGUAGAGAAAAAUAGAUUGGUUACUGAGGAAAGCCAUCAAGUUGUCAGCUCGAAUCCUUUGUCUCCCAAGAUUGAAGCUGUUGAAAAAAAUUGUGUGAAGUUGAAGGAUUUAUCUUCAGAAGAUGUUAAUGCUUCUGCUGCUUCUCCUCUUUCUGGAGGGCAAUGUGGACAUACCCAGCUUGAAAAAGGUGACACUUGCAACAGUCCUGGCGAAAAGCUUAAAAUUGCUGCCAGAGAAGGGCCUAGUGGGGUAACUGUGCACAGUGUCGAAUCUGAAGAAGCUUGCACCGAAAUCUCUGAAGUGCCUAGUGUUGAUCAGAAUAUAAAAACAGUGGUCGCUUCACAGGAUUCUGAGCCAGUGCCACCUGAUAAAGGAGGAUCGAGAAACAUUGGGCAGCCUUACCUGGCAUCUCCUAGUGAAGAGUUUAGGAACAAACGAGUUGAUUCAAUCAUUGAGGAUUUAUCAAACUCUAACUUGAGCAGUAUUGAUGCAGAAGGCAUUGGUGAAAGUAAAGAAAGGUUCAGGCAACGCCUCUGGUGCUUUCUCUUUGAGAAUCUUAAUCGGGCAGUAGAUGAACUCUACCUACUCUGUGAACUGGAAUGUGACCUGGAGCAAACACAAGAGUCUAUUCUUGUUCUUGAAGAAGCUGCAUCUGAUUUUAAAGAACUGAGUUCAAGAGUGGCGGAAUUUGAGAGACUGAAAAAAUCCAGUUCUCAUGCGACUGAUGGAACACCUCUGACCAUGAAGUCUAACCAUCGCAGACCACAUGCUCUCUCAUGGGAGGUGAGUAUUCUAGCUCUCAUUUUUCAAUGUUUUAAAUUGGUAAUUGUAAAAAAUUAAACAACACAUAAACAA